AGCCCGACGAAUCGUCUCCACGCUGCCCGGUGAUUUCUGCGGCAAGGACAAGCUGGAUGGAUCGCAAGAAUCCUUCCCUCAGUACGCCGAUGCAGAUGGGGUGAAAUGGAUAAGCAGAAGUUGGGCUGCUCGAGCGCUCAGAGCGAGAGGAGCUGCACUCGGUCUUCGUGAGACACAGCCAUCGACCGCCAAAAGCACGCCUUGGAGGACGACGGCAAGACGGUGAUCUUCGUGGCCAUCGACCAGCGCCCGGUGCUGCUGCUGGCGCUGGCGGACACGGUGAAGUCGGAGGCCGCACAGAGCAUCCGGGCGCUGCAGCGCAUGGGCCGCGAGGUCUACAUGCUCACGGGCGACAAUCAGAGAACCGCCCACGCGGUGGCCCGACAGGUGGGUAUCAAACCAGAGAAUGUGGUGGCAGAGGUGUUGCCCUCGGGCAAAUCCGCGAAAGUCAAGGAGUUGCAAAGUAUCCCAGCUCCCAGCGUCUCCCGUCGUGGCCUUUGCAGCCUGCUGCGGAAGAUUUGUUGCUUCCGGAGUCGAGAGCCUCUGUUGGAUGGAGAAGUUCCUACUGAAGUCCAUCGAUUUGUGGCCAUGGUGGGGGAUGGAGUCAAUGACGCUCCAGCACUUGCCCAGGCAGACUUGGGGAUCGCCAUUGGAGCAGGUGCUGAGAUCGCAAUGGAAGCCGCUGAUAUGGUCCUGGUGCGCUCCCAGCUGUCGGAUGUGGUGAUUGCACUGCACCUCUCAAGCGCCAUCUUCCAUCGUAUUCAGCUCAACUUCCUCUUUUCCUUGGGCUACAAUGCCAUUGGCAUUCCGCUGGCCGCCGGCCUCUUCUUUGCGCUCACCGGGCAACCCUUGGCCCCCUUCGUGUCCGGCGGCGCGAUGGCCAUGUCCUCGGUCUCCGUGGUCUUGUCGUCCUUGAUGCUGCGUCGCUACAAAGCCCCAUCCAUCGUUGAACGGGAGCGUCCUGGGCUGCUGCAGCGGAUUCUUCCCUCGCUUGGCGGAUCCGACGCUUUGCUCAGGGAGCUGCAGGGAGAACGAGAGGCGCUGGAAUCCGCGCGGCUCAUGGUGCAAGGCAAGUCGAUCACCUGCGGAGCCCUCUGGGGCACCCGUUGCAACUGUCGCGACGGUGCCUGCCCUUGCCGCAGAUGUGACAAGACAUCGCGGCCGGAGCGCCCCAUGGAGGAACCGUAGAGUCCGCAGAGGUGAUGGAUGUGACACUGGGUAUCCCCUCGAAUAGAUGGCUUGAUACCCAAUGUUCGGAAAAUCCAUGUUUAAGGCUUUGAAAUGAUGGCACAUGAUGGCACUGUCAAAGAUUCAUUUUCCUGAAAUGUUUUGUACAGAAAUAGAACUUGGUCACAGAAUCAAGGCCAAUUCACUCGAGCGCUACCGCCGGUUCAGGCGGAAGCUCAACAAGGGGCCGUUGUAUAUGUAAAGAUACGCAACGUAAUGCCCAUUUCCCGGUUCCAUUAAUGUACAGAGGGGAAUAUGCAACGCAAACUGAAAGACAAACAGUCACAGUUGAGUUUAGUGUCCAAAUGGCAAGUAAAAGUCCAGGAGCAGCUUAGUUCAUGACAGCUCGGGAUGUUUUCAUUUACAAAGGCAUGCGGAAACAAGGAGUUGGGUAUGUUUCCAAUUUUGAGUGCAGUGUACC